GUCAGUUGUUCGCAUAGAAACAACUCAAAGCUCCUCACAGAACAAUGGAGACAUUAGAGCAAGGCGAAGAUGGAGCAAGUGUUAACAGAGCAAUGGAGUGGCACCAGCUCCCUGCUGAAGAAGAUCCGAGUCCGUUUCAGGGGCAGAUACCUGGCUUGGUGGAAGCUGAUGGUUUACAAGGGACCGCACUUAACUCUGAAGGACAAGUGGCCAUGAUGGGAGACUCAAGUGUACAGCCAGCAGCUGACAGACUUGAAUCUUUACAGCUAGCAGAACUGCAGGAUAGCUGUUUAUCACCUGUACUGACCCUAAUUCCUCAGGGGAAGGUCUUCCUACCCUCGGAGUCCACUCUCCUCCAUCAGACAGAUUUAGAGUUUGUCCCCCUGAAGGGGUCUCCUGAUCUGUCCAUUGCUUCUGAAAGGUGCUCUCAGACAUCACGCCUAGGUGUGGAUGGAGAAUCCAACCUCGCACACAGAUCCCAUGAACAGGCAUCACUAUCACAACACCCUUUGGGGGUGACGUCUGCAAUUUUAGAGGAUGCUAGUAGCUACAGCUCACUAUCACAGCACAGCCUGUCGCCUAGUAGCAAUUACCAGGCGACACAGAUUCCUGAUGAGGAAUGCAGUACUGGCCUGGAGAACAAUGAUGAACGGCAGAAAAAGGAAGGGGAACAAAUUGAUGCUGAUUUGGAUAGAGGAGGGACUGUGUGUGGUUUAAAUAGCAGUGUUCCUCUUCGCUCAUUUCAGAAGCUUCUGGAAACGGAUCUUGGCGUGGCCAGUAGCAGUGCAGUUCCCUCUUCUGCUGAGACUGUUCUCAGUCAGACAAAUGCUGUCCUAAGCUCAUCAAACACCCCUGAGAGCCAGAUUAAACACUCUGCUCUUGCGCAACAACAGGAUCCUGCAUGUACCUCUACAAAGGAACCCCUGUUCAGACCAUCUGAGAGGAGAGAGCAGCCACAAGGUGGCUCUUCUUCCUCGUUAUCGCAAAGAAUGACUAUGGGGAGAGGCGAUGUGUCACUUUCCUCCAGUUUAUCUGCCAUCUCAAAUAUUACAGUUCGCUCCACAAGCAAGCAAACAAAUAACACCACUGACCUUUCCUUCAGGCAGCUUCAGCUCCGUAGUGAUUCCUCUUUAUCUGCACCAAGGGGCAGGAAUCAAACCGAGAACAAAAACAUUCCGACUGGACAGAAUAUCACUCCGGCCAGUGAAGGUGGUGUAUAUAUGGCAGGGUUACCGAGAGCACUCUGGAGCUCAGGCAGCCAUCAAGCAGCAUGUGGUUCCUUUUUGACCUCUCAGCCUGUGUUUCAGUCCACACCUGCAGUGCUCCUUGGUAGAGGAGGACCAGCCCCAGCCAAACUCUCUCCUGUAUAUUCCCAUCAAAAUACUGUGGCCUCAUCAACCCAAAAUGGCAGUCUUAAACCAGACGACAUACCAGCUUUUUCCCUAAGUACUACAAGCCAACGAAGCAUUGCUGGAGUUGCACUUGCCAUGUCGUUGGACCCAAGUGAGGCUCAUACAGAGUCAUGUCUUCAACAUGAGCUACCUCCUAGCCAAGAAGCCCCUUCCCCAGGAUUAGAUGUGCCUGUCAGUGUCCAUGAGGACACACCCCAUGAUCAACCUCCCUUAGCCACACUCCUGCCCACAUCUGACCAACUGCUCAAAGAUCAGGAGCCUAGGCUGUCUGCAGGAAGAGUGCAUUCUCUACCCAGCCUCAGUUAUGUGCAGAAAGUUGAUGCUUGGAAGGCCAAUCAGAGUUCGAGCAGAAUAUUUUAUGACAAAUUGUCUCCGCAAGGAUUUGAUGGUGUAUUUCCUCAGAGGAAAGAACAGGACUCUGUGUCUGAGGCAAUAAAACAACAAAGUCAACAACAUCCCAACCAAACAUCUUCAGUAUUUAGUGCCAAAAACAACACUCCACCCACUCAGACAAGCAGUGAUGUGCCGUCACGUGCGGAUGUGGAAGACGCAGGAGGAGCUGUAGGAUCCACCUCACCUUCACCAUUUCCUCACUCCCAUUCCCACUCAUCUCUUGGAACACUCAUCACGCCCAUUCAGCAGGAUGAACUGCAGCAAAAUCAACUUCCACUUGUACACACUGAUGUCAUCUCUCUAGGCUUCAGCUCGACUGCAGCUGAAUCGUCACCAUACUCAAGUGGAACAAAUGACCAGAGUCAAGCUGAUUACUCAGGAACCGGUCCGUUAAAGUCCCCUGCUUUGCUUGGUGUGGAUCAGUCCAGUGGUGUGAACUUGAAUACCAACAUGGCUUCUAGUUUUCCAAACGGUUGCCAUGGUGAGCAGAGUUUUCAGGCGUCAUUAGGUGCAGCCUCCUCAGUUGUAAGUCUUGAAGUGGACAACUAUGCACCAUAUUGGACUUCCAGACCUGGAUCUCCCUCAUGCCUUCCUGAGUUUAACAUUGAGGACAGAAUCCCUCUCUACCUUCACAAUUUGGGGAUUGAUCAGUCACCUUCAAAAAUCUUAAAUCCUUUUACACAUCGUGGACCCAUCAGAGAGCCCGAAUUUUCUCCUACUGAUUUGUGUACCAUUAAAAGCUCAGUUGGAACACCCACCAAGAGCAUACAACCAUCUGAUGGUGACAGUCUUCAGAAGGAGACAUUCUCAAGUUCCAGUGUGCCUUUUGCAGAUUCCAGUGCCUCUUUAACCCGGUUAUUUAUUCAGAAGUCCACUCAGCAGCCAGCCAGACCAGCGUGUUCCGGCAGUAUCAGAAUGGCACGCUUCCAGGCCGGCACUCCUCCUGAGCCCCAUAGUCCAUCACAUGGUGUUCCUCAAGGACCUGACACUUCUCAUCGAGAGGGCAGUUACGGCCUGCCACCUCAGGUGAGCCUGGAGUCUGUACCUGCUCCUGGGACUUCGGAGUGUGUUAAAGAAGGGGACUCGUCUCUGGUGGGUUCUGGAACCCUGCAGGAGAUCAGGCGUUUGCUUGGUCAUGCAGAGAGCCUUGUGUCUGGCCGUUUCUCUGUGGCUUCCUCCCCUGGCUUACAUGGUUACUCGGAGAGCGAUGCCUCCUUUUUGUCACUCAGGCAGAAUACUCAAGCAUAUCGUGAUGACUCAUUUCUGUCAGUUGAUGGAAAGAUUUCCUCAGUACUAGCUCGCUCUUCCUCAGAUUCUGCCCUGAAAGAGAGCUCCUCAUCCUCAUCUGGACCUCUAGAGCUGUCCAGAAAGUCUGAUUACAUGAGCAAAGGGCUUUCAAUGAUCUCUCCGGGCAAAGAGGAAAAUCUGAAGUCACGUGACUUUUGUGUGACUCCAAGGAGAGCAGAGCCUGAGGGAUGCAGUGCAGCAGACCCAGACAGGGUAGGCCCUGUGAGCCUGUCGAUUACACAAGGGAAUGCUUCUUCAACAUCAUAUAGCCAGCAACAAAACCAGGACCAUACGGAGGAUGCUGGCAUCAGUUCUUCUGCAAUAAGUCCCACCCACAGUCAGACAGAGGCAGAGAUGGGUGCUUUAAGUGAUGCUAGCAGUGAGCAUUCACUGGCUUCUAGGGUUGCUAAGCUUUUGCAAAGCGAGUCGUCUGUCUCUGUGGUUACCAGUCGGUCAAGUACCGCUGAUCCUGACGAGAGCCGAGCUAGAGAGUGGAUCAUGACGAAGCUGUCUGGUGGCAAGUGUGAAGCCUUGGAACUUAAUGCAGAGGACAGAAGGAGAAUUGAGGAGAUCAAAAGAGAGCUUCUGCUACACACUAAACACACCAAGUCGAGCUCAGAUUCAGAAAGCAGUACCCAGUCCAGUGUUGGCACUGUCCCCCAGCCUGCUGUCCGUUUUGCAGCAGUACGCAGUGCAGAAAAGCGUCUCUCUGAACAGCUGCAGAGAGUCAGUCAGAUUCCGCUUGACUCCAGUGUUUCACCACUGGAGGACGGAGUGAGUCAGAUUGCCAUCGAGGAGGGGCUCAACCCUCAGUACACACCCUCCCUUCAGUCAGUGAGCCAGUGCCUGCAUACACACAACAGCCACGCUGCACACAAUGCCAUUGUGCCUGAAAGCAACUCGUACACGACUGUGAGAUCAUCUGAGGAGUGGAAACUACAAACUGAAGUGACAAAUAGAGCAACAAAGAAUGAAGGGGAGAAGGACAAAAAAGUGAGAGAUGACGAGCACCCAGAAAGUGAGAGAAAUAACCAAUUACCAUUCCCAGAGGCAGAUCACACUGUUAUCAGAGAAAAACGAGAGUUCCCUCCAGGCUUAGAGUCGGGUUCAGACCUUGGUCAUAAACCUCAUUUGUCUAAUAGCCACCUCACACCUUCAGUGAAGUUACAGCAAAACUCCAUCCAGAGACCUCUCACUCCUGCCAGUGAUUCCUGUAGUUACCCAGAGUUGCAGAAUGGAUCGCACACACAUUACUCAGACAGUCCAAACGCCACAAGAGCAGUCCCACUCCCCGUCUCCAGCGCCAGUGAAGAACAGCAAGCCUCCGUAUCCAGUGAGACCAGCUUAAGUAAAGACAGAAAUACAGACCAGGGUCAGAACACAGGAGUGGUUAGUGGAUAUUCACAGAUGACCUCCAGAUACCCACAAACCUUUACUCCUCAUACAGCUGCUAUUCCAACUUUAUUGCCGUAUAAACCUCACGGCAGUUCAGAGCUCUUCUAUAUGCCACAGAGCGUCCCUGAUCUUUCCUCUAAUCACUCCGAUACCACAAUGGAGAGCUCCCAUCCAGGAUCUGAUGACGCUGUGCCUCCUCAAUUUACCCCUGAGGUUUUGGGAUCCAGAGAGCUUGCGGACAGCAAUGCGACACCAAAACACAAGGAGGGCAUUUACAGCAAGAGGACCAAAAUGAAAAAAGCAUCUCCUCUGUCAGGAAAAGCCUUUCAUGACCAGAGAAGCAGUACUGCUGCUCCAUAUCAGCUUACUGGAUUCAGUAAGCCUGUUAUCCCUGAGAGUGAGCAGGCGGCUGAGCAAUUUGAGGAGGAGGAAGCAUUUAUCCCCCUGCGCAUGGAGGCUGACUACAGCAUAACUAAACUACACCCUAACCACAGUGUACAAAAGCAUAAUUUGGGAACAGAAACUCUGCCUUUACUUCCUAAAGUCAUUCGGGAGAAGGAGCAGGACAUGAAGGCUCAAAACCUUGGUGCGGAGAUUGGCAGCUCGCUGGACCAAUUGUGGCAUCGUUUCAAUGAGCGAUGCAACUUUCAGGAGACUCGACCCACUAACGAAGUCGAAAUGUCACUGCUGGAGAGACUGGAACGCCUGUCCCGCCUCCUACACAGCUCCUCCCCACCACACACGCCUAAGCAGGCACGCAGUAGAGCGGAGAAGAGUAGGAGGAGAGAACAUGAGUCAGGGAGAGCACAGGGAAAAGACACAACUGAAAAUGGAAAAGAGAAGGAGAGAAAUGAAAUGAGAGGUGUUCCAAAAAUAGCAUGGGAAAAGGAGUCUUUAAAUGCCAACCAGGCAUUAGUGGAGAAGGAGCAGCAAGAAAAAGAUCAUCGGUGUCCUGCAGAGAGAGACGAGUCUGCCAGUGUUUCUGUGGAGACGAGCAGCAGCCAGUCUACCAUCGACACACAGCGCUUGAUCAGAGCUUUCGGCCCACAUAGAGUUAGCAGUGGGAGAGAAGGGGUGGCUGGAAGUCGGACACUAAAGCCCAGUGAUGGCUUACUGAAACUUUAUAACACUGUUAAGAAGCAGAAAAGAGGGCAUGGCAAAAGUGGCUCUGAAAAUCACCUUGUUUCUGUUGCCACAGAAAUAAGCAACACCGAUGACUCCAGGGCCUCUGACACUUUAUCAUCCUCAAGCACUUGUACACUCCCCUCCCAAAGAGGCACUGGACGCACCACUAGUUUUAAGAGGGCAAAGGUCAAACUGGUCAGCAGAAGCAUACAAGCAGGUGAUUUGGAGAUUGUGGUAAAUGGCACUCGUCGAGACACACGGGAUGUCGGUACCACCUUCCCUUCUCCAGGUAGUGCCAGAGUCACCAGGGCAUCUUCAGCAGCCUGCAGUGAGGUAGAGGCCAGUACAUCUGCUCUUGGGGCUUCCAGUGCUGCUCCUGUUCAAUCCCAACCAGUGCAGAAGAAACAGACCUUCAAACACACCUUCUACCCAAAUGGUUUGUCAUGGUUUGUUUCUGCUGAUGAACUGAAGUGGGAUGCGGGUAAGGAGAAUAAGCCCCAAACAGAUGCACAGCAGUCUGAAGGCCAAGCCUGGUUCGAGCCUUACACGAGGACACAGCCAUGGAGAGAGCCGUUUAGAGAACGACACAUUCAAGCAGAAAGAGAGAAGCCCCCUGAGCAAAAAACGCAUUCAGAGAAUGAUUGCGGCAGCAAAGCCCUGGUCCGUCUCUCCCUGCAGGAGGCGCUAGAGUUGCACCGACCAGAGUUUGUGUCCCGUUCUCGGGAGCGGAUGAAAAGACUGUGUCUACUGGUGGAAGAGAGAAAGAUGCAAACCGUCUUCAACAAAGAAAGAGAGGAGCUUUUUAACCGCCCUUCAACCGUGCAGCAGCCAAAAGCAGCACCAGCUCCUCCACCUCUUCCCUCUAAGCGAGUUAUUCCCAUAAGUGAGAUGAUCCAGAGAUCCAAGCGUAGAGCACACAGUUGGAGAAUAGACAGGACAGAAAGAUUCAGCAGGAUCUAUGCCAAACUCCCAGAAGUUCAGAAGAGGAAGGAGGAAGAAAGGAGGAAAGCAGAGUACCGCACGUACCGCCUUAAUGCUCAGCUAUUUAACAAGAAAAUCACCAACCGUGUGCUGGGAAGAAGAGCGCCUUGGCAGUAGUAUGAAGAAUUAUCAACCCAACCGUGAUACUGCACAGCUGAUUUCUGUGUGCUUGGGUCUGUGGUGAUGUGUGUAGAAGACUGGUGGUAAUCGUGUUGAGCGUGUGAUCAAAUGAAUAGAGCAGCUCUUUCGAGAUGUGAUGUAGUAACAAUUAUUUAUCUUUAUUUAAUUUCUUAAUAUUUUUAUAUUUUUUAUAAAUUUUUUUAAAUGUUAACUAUUAAUGGUGCCCAGUACCCUUUGUGUUUUUUUUUUUUUUACAAAAAAAUUUUUAAUCAGUGUUUUCUUUGAAAUAAAGAAGACUUUCACACAUGUCUGAUUUUA